UGAACUUGUUACGAUCAUUCUGCACACAGUACUAUUACCACCUGAAGAACGGCUUUACUUACGUGAACAGCAGUGUUUCGACUUGUUAACGCCCCUGGCCCCGUGAAGCGCCUUCUGAUGAAUUCCAUCCACCGCAUUCUCAACACUUGCACAGCAGCUAUCGUAGCAUCGGCGACCUUCCAGUACGCUCGUUUGACAACAAUAGUGCUCAGCCGACGACGGUCCAGUUGUCAAGAUCAAGAUCAGACCCAAGCAACAUCAUCUCGAGUCAUUAUUCCACCAUGACUCGAAGACAAGUGAUAUGUUCUCCUGCUUUUCCAAGUACCCCAACCUCUAUCAACCGAACUUCACAUGCGAUUACAUCUUCGCCUGACUCCCUCUGCCAACGUGAACCGCAUGAGCGGUUCAAGGACCACCAGAUCGCACCGCAAGACAUGUCCAUCCCCCCAUUUCCAUCCGACAAAUCCAAAAUGCACCUCAUAUCAACGGCUUUGCUCAUUCCUGGUCGCGGCACACCCCAGCAAGACAUGACGAUUGUGAUCCACGACAAUCUUAUCCACAACAUCCACUCGACAUCGACACUCCCGGCCUGCCUCCUCUCCCUCCCCCAUGCUCAUGUCCCUGUCCUCCUUCCUGGCCUCUGGGACUGCCACACCCACCUACUCGGCACCAAAUCCUUCAACUUCGCCGAACUCCUAACCACACACCCUGCCACGGCCGGCGCCCGCCUCGUCCGCAACGUCCGCGACAUUCUCCUCUCCGGUUUCACCUCCGUCCGCGAUCUAGGUGGCUACGCCAUCGAACUCUCCCGUGCCAUCUCCGAAGACUCCCUACCAGGCCCGCACAUCUACUCUGCCGGGUCCGCUAUAUCCCAAACCUGCGGACACGGAGAUAUCUUCGACCUGCCCUCCGACAUUGUCAGCUCCCGGCUCGGCGUCGUGCACUCUCUCAACCCGGCAUCGGCACCGGCACAGCACCCUCUCCUCCUCGCCGACGGCCCAUCCGAGUGCCGCAAGGCGGUCCGACUCCUCAUCCGGCGCGGCGCAACAUGCAUCAAAGUCCUCGCGUCCGGCGGCGUGCUGAGCAUCUCCGACGACCCUCUGCGCCCACAAUUCUCCCCGUCCGAACUGGAAACGAUCGUCGACGAGGCGACACGUGCCGGCCGAAUCGUCGCCGCCCACUGUCACGGCAAACCGGGCAUCCUCGCUGCUCUCCACGCGGGAUGCCACACCAUCGAGCACGGCACGUACCUCGACCAGGACUGCGUUGAGCUCAUGAAAGCCAAAGCCGCCAUCUACGUCCCCACACGGACGAUCGUCAAGGUCGGCGUGGACCAUCCCGAGUUGAUGUCUCCCGAGUCCUAUGCGAAAAUGCUCGAGACAGCAAAACACCAUCGUGCCGCGUACAGGCUAGCAGUCAAAUCGGGCGUCAAGAUCGCGCUCGGCACGGAUCUGGGCAUCAGCACGCCGGCGAGCCAUCCCUUGGCGCUAGGCCGGAGCGGUGGCGAAUUGAGUUACGCCGUGACCGACGGCGGCAUGACCCCCCUGCAGGCGAUCGAGGCGGCGACGGCCAUGGGCCCGGAAACUUUAGGUCGGCUAGGAAUGGCACCCAAGAGCGGCCAGAUCAAGGAGGGCUAUGAUGCGGAUCUGAUUGCGUUGCGUACGAAUCCGCUUGAGGACUUGGAUAUUUUCAUGGAUCCGGCGAAUAUUACGCACGUGUGGAAAGCCGGUCGGUGUUUCAAGAGUUCUGAUGCAGGUGAGAAGGACUUCUGAGCAUGCGAGAAUGUGAGCAUCCCAACAUGCAACGGGAUCAGAUCAGCCUUCAGUACCAGGCGCUUCAGCACCAAAGACAGGACGUACAUCACUGAUCAUAAGUUGGGAUUUUGGCAACAUAACUAGUAGUACCUACCUUACCUAACGUUGAAGCCACACCAGUAUUAUCCGGUUAUACGGUUGAACGUGACCAUUCGGCCAUGCAACACUAUGGUCCAUCAA